AUGACCCUCUGCGGCUUUGGGUGCGUGUCGACGUCGGAGGUCGGCAUUAUCGAGAACUGCGGCAAGUUUGACCGCACUGCCGACCCGGGCUGCUUCUGCAUAGUUCCGUGUGUCGAGUCGGUGCGCGGUGUGGUCUCGCUCAAGGUCGCAAUCUCCACCGUUCGGGUAGAAACCAAAACGCGCGACAACGCCGUCGUCAACAUCGAGACACGAUUGCACUACAAGGUCAUCGCCGAGUACGCCGAGGAUGCCUUCUACCGCUUCUCGAACCCCUCAGAGCAGAUCGCGAGCUUCGCCGCCAGCAUAGUGCGUGGCGAGGUGCCGAAGUACACGUUGGAUGAGCUAUUCCUCAUGUCUGACGAAAUCAAGAAGGUGGUCAGUGCCGAGCUGACCGAGAAGCUGUCCGGCUUCGGCUUCUCACUGGAGAGCACGUUGCUCACCCGCAUCGAGCCAAGCGCGAGUGUGAAGAUGGCCAUUUCGCAGACCCAGAUCAACGCGUACCGCCGCACGGCGGCUGAGCACGAGUCGGAGCUGAAUAAAAUUCUGGCGGUGAAGGCGGCCGAGGCAGAUUACGAGGAGAAGAGACUCUCCGGCAUGGGCCUUGCCCAGGAGCGCCAGGCGAUUAUGAAGGGGCUGAAGAGCAGCAUCGAGUCUUUCGUGAACGCCGUGCCGAGUAUGCGCGCGAAGGACGUUAUGAACCUUCUUCUGUUGAACCAGUACUUUGACGCCAUGAAGGAAGUGGGCUCGGGGAAGUCGAAUAAACUCAUCCUGAUGCCCAAUACAUGCGGUGCCGCCCCGAGCUUCAUGGCCGAUCUCGUGGCGGCACAGGCCGGGGCGGCGCGGAUGACGUGA